AUGGCUUCUGACGCUGCUUCCAUCGGCGCUGGGGAAAGCCAGCUGCUUGACUGCGUGGAAAAUGCGCCACAACCGGAAACAGAAUCUCCCAAGACUCCGAGAGAUGAGUCGAGGCAGGAGAGUAAAAAUACAGAACCGAAAGAUGUUCCAGGUGAUAGGGACAACGAGGAUGAUAAGGAAUCAGGCGAGGAGCUGGAGGAGGGUGAGGAUGAGGCAGAAGCAGGAGAGGAAGAGCCUGACAGCUUAGCUCCACCCCUACCGCACGAAGACCUCCCACCUCCCCUCCCUAACGAAGCACCCCCUGGCCAAAUUGAAGAUGAUGGGUGGGAUCCUGUUUGGGAUGACAAUGCACAAGCUUAUUACUUUUAUAACCGGUUCACUGGUCUGUCACAGUGGGAAAACCCCCGGGUACCUGACACACACGAACAACAACAACAGGAGCAGAAGACAGACGCGCCACGAUUCUCAGAACAGCAACAGCCUAGUAAGGCACGAGUUACUGGCGGCUAUGAUCCCGCAAUCCACGGUGAUUAUGACCCCACUGCGCCUUACGCUCAGGUGACCGAACAAGAAACAGGGGUAACCGCUGCAGCGGCCGCUUCCUCCUCCGAUCCGAACUACAUCUACACAGCCACAGGCACGUUCAACCGGUUCACGGGCAAAUGGCAACCGGGCUCUCUGACUCCAGAGACUUUCAACGACGAGAGUAAAAGUAGAAGACACAUGAAUGCAUAUUUCGACGUGGAUGCGGCGGCCAACAGCCAUGAUGGCAAGAGUCUCAAAGCCGAGCGGAGUGGGAAGAAACUGACCAAAAAGGAGUUGAAGGCGUUCAAGGAGAAGAGGAGAGAGAGGAAGGAGGAAAAACGGAGAGCUUGGUUAAGAGAUUGA